AUGCCGCGCAAAUCCGCCGCCGCCGCGCCGCCGCCGCCGUCGCCCGCGGACGACGUCGCGAACGAACCCGACCUCGCGGACUUCCUCAAGCAGCUCGUGAACGUGGACGACGUCGGCGUCGGCGACGCGGGGGGCGAUCGCUUUCUUCAUCCGCGCGGCGCCGCGAACGCCGACGCGGUGUGGAGCGACCUGGACAACCUCGACGUCGCGGACCCCAUCUACAUGUCCUUGGGCGCCGGCGGCGGCGCGCUGGGCGCGUUGGCCGCGGCCGACCACGUCCGCGAACGCGUCGUCGACUCCCCCUCCCCGGCCAGCGUCGCGGGCGCGAACGGAAGAGGCGAGCGCGACACCCGGAAAGAAGUCGCGGAGAAUCGCAGGGACUCCAACUCCCCCGCCAGCGUCGGCGGCGAACCGACCGGAAGCGGCGGCAGAGGCGGCAGCGGCGGGCCCGGGUCGAGCGCGGCGAGCGCGGUGAAGACGUUCGAGCACCUCGGCGAGACGCUCCGCGUGUUGAGCGAUCAGCUCCGAGCGGCGCGGCGGCCGCACGAGUCGGUGCCCGAAGUCGGCGGCGCGGAUCGCACCGCGGAGGCGACGCAGCGGAGACUCGCGUCGACGCUGGACGACAUCUCGGAACGCCUGGACGUCGGGUCACUCGUGCAGCUGUUCGUGCCGAAGCUGCAGUCGAGGACCGGCGGCGCGCUCGUGAUGCUGCAGACGUUUAAGGCGUUCACGCGCGUGAAAACCGUGCAUCGAGAAAAGUUUUGGAAGUACCACAGGAUGUCCGAGGGAUUCUUCUUCAACCUCUCCCCGGGCGGGGACUCGAACUUGUUGGGGCUCCCCGGGCGGUGUUUCCUCCACUCCAGACCGGAGUGGACGCCGUCGGUGUGCUGCUACCAGCCCACGGAGUACCCACGGUUGGGAUGCGCGAUCGAUUGCCAGAUGCACUCCACCAUCGCGCUCCCGGUGUACUUCGACGACCCUCGCGUCCGCCCCGCGAUGCCGUUCGCGGUCAUGGAGCUCCUCCUGGAUCAGCAAGUCACGGACAUGGGACGCGUGUUCGACACGUGCGUCGGGGCGCUGCGCGGGAACGGUCUGUACACCGCGGGGACGGAUCGCUUGGGGACGGAGGACACGAUGCGCGCGGCGCUGGGCUCGAAGCUCUCGCGCGUCGGCGAGGGCAACGACGUCGCGCUCGAGAACAUGUGCCACGCGCUCGGGUUCCCGCUCGCGCAGUGCUGGAUCCCGAACGACGACGGGUUGCUGAUCGCCGCGGGGGCGCCGUACUGCGUCAAGGACGCGAUGGCGUUUCCGUUUCGUCAGAUCUCGUCGCAGAUCUCGCUGCUCGGCGGUCAGGGCCCGGUGGGUCAGGUUUACGAGCAGGGGACGAUGAUCUGGGUCGACGACGUCCAAAACGGGAGCCAGGUAGACUGGCCUCUGCAGCACGCGACCGCGCUGCUCGGGCUUCACGGCGCGUGCACGUGCAAGAUCGUGUUGCACCAAAAGCACCCCCGCGGCGGCGGCGGCGGCGCGGCGGGGGAGCCGAUCGAGGCGGUGUUGGAGGUGAUUCUUCCGAGCAACUUGCUCAUCGCGGAGCAGCAGCGGCGCAGCGUCGAUGCGCUGUGGAACUACCUGCAGAACUCUACGGAGCUUCGGCUCGUGACCGGCGGCGCGUCCGCGGCGACGCGGGCGGCGAGCCAGGCCCAGGCGGCGCGAGGAGGAGGCGCGAAAGCGACCGCGAACGCGAACGCGGCUCGGGGAGGCGCCGAGCUCAACUCGAGAUCGAGCGACCUGACCGCGGCCGUCGGGGGCGACGGCGACGGCGCCGGCGGUCGCGCGCACGGCGGGAACUUGCUCGCGGGGAUCCCGCUCCCCGGCGACGCGAACGCGGAGGAGAAUGUCCCCACUUGGGGCGUCACGCUGGAGAUUUUGCAGCAGCACUUUAGCAAGCACCUGAAGCAAGCCGCGAAAGACUUGGGCGUCGGGUCUACGACGUUAAAACGCAUCUGUCGACGGUACGGCAUCACGCGGUGGCCGCGGCGGUCGCUGAAGUCGAAGCAAGGGAAGCUGCAGCAGGUGCUGAAGUCGCUGUACACCGGGGACGGCGCCGCGGAAGCCUCCCCCCAGGGCGGCGGCGACGCGUCCCUGGCGCGCGCUUCGGGCGGCGGCGGCGAGUCCGCGAUGUCGCUGGGAACGCGCGAUUCGUUCAUGACGGACCCGACGAGCGGCGGAGACGGCGCGAACGACGCGUCCGUGCACGGCCCGAGCGGCGGCGGGGGUUGGGGCGUCGGCGUCGGCGGGUCGCUCCCCCACGGAGGGGGUUUGUCGCCGUUGACGCGUCACGAUUCCAUCACGUCGUCCCCGCUGAGCGGACGACCGGCGUGCCCGCCCGUCGGUGGUCUCGCCGGCGGACACAAUCUCAGCGGCCUGAAGCGUGCGCUCGCGGCGGAUCAGAACCCGUGGGGCGGCGGCGGCGUCGGGAUGCCGCGCCCCGGAAACGCCGGCGGCCGGCCCGGCGGCGACGGCGACGGCGUCGGCGUCGGAAAGUUCCAGAGAGGGUUCUCGUGGCACGGCGGCGACGUCGCGCGGCGCGCGCUGCAUAACGAUGCCGAAACGCGCGGGGAGUGGACGUUACACGGCGAGUUGACGUUCGCGCAACUCGGCGGCGGCCCCGGGCGCGCGGGGUACCCGGAACAGGGCGCGGCCGCGCACCCUUCGUCCGCGUGGCCCAUCCCCGGAGCGUCUCACGACCGAGGAGGACACCACGGCGGCGCCGGCCCGACCAACGAGGACCUCAAAGACGCCGCGGACGCGGACGCGGACACCGCGGGCGCGCGCGCGCGCGCGACGGCGGCGGGUCCCUCUGGCGGGACGACGACGAGCGACGACGGCGGCGGGUCGUCGUUCGACGCGGACAGCUCGGGGAAGACCUCUCUGCUGUCGCCGUCCGAAUGCGCGGCGGCGGCGGGGGGGGCGGGCGUCGUCUUCAAGGCGUCGAUCUGUGGCGACGGCGACGGGGGAGGAGGCCUUCUUCGCGCGCGGCUCCUGGGAGACGUCACGCGCGCGGCGCUGGUCGAUCGCCUCGCGCUGUGCCUCCGUCCGAGGGACCCCGCGGAGCCCGGCGCGGGCGAAAAGCCGGGGUUCAAGAUCAAGUACCAAGACGACGAGGACGAGUGGUGCUUGCUCUCGAAAGACUCGGACCUGGAGGAGGCGAUCGCGUUCGCGAAGCAACGCCGCGAGCGCGCCGCCGCCUCCGGGACCGCCGCCGACCUCGCGACCGCGCUCGGCCACGUGCGACUCAAGAUCGAAGGCGCGAGUCCGAGUCCGACCGCCGCCGCCUCCGCGCUCGACCGCCGAGCGGAUGACGUCCCCGCCCGGGGCGGCGGGACGCCGCUCUCCGCGGCGCGCGCGUGCGGCGCUAGCGAUACGACGUUCACCGCGAAGAUCUCCCUCGGCGACGGCGACACGAUGCGCGUCAAGCUGGUGCCGGGGAUGUCCUUCCGCGACCUCGCCUCGGUCGUGACGGAGGCGUCGGGCGGCGCCGCCGCGAGGAGGCCCGCGACGCCGACGUUGACGUACACGGACGACGCGGACGAGUCGUGCGACUUGCGCGGCGACGCGGACCUGGACGAGUGCCGCGCCGCGUGCGCGCGGAGCGGGACGAUACGCGUCCGGGCGACGUUCGGCGGGGGGGGGGAUCAAAGGUUAAGGGUUUAA